AUGAUUCUUAUGGAUGACAAGGGUUGUAAGAUUCAUGUGACCGUUAGGAAGACUCUGAUAUACCGAUUCCAAUCUUUGAUAAGUGAGGGUCGUGUAUAUCAGAUUUCGUUCUUUGGCGUUGGUGAAAGCGGACGUGAUUUCCGACCAACCGGGCAUCCAUUCAAGAUCAACUUUGAUAUUCAUACAUCUGUGCGCUUGGUUCCCAACAGGGCCAUCGAUUUAAGCCCGUACAAUUUUGUGCCGAUAUCUGAUAUAAUGUUCAAGGAUCUUGAUACGUCUUUUCUUAUAGAUGUCAUUGGAACUCUCACUGGUGCAAGUGCUGAACAAGAAUUCGAAAAAGAUGGCGGGAAGCAGAAAAGAAUUACUAUUGAACUUGACCAAGACGGGUACACCCAAAUUUCAUACCUUAUUUCAAAUUUUGUACAUCUUUGA